AUGGAGGGCAAAGGAGAUAGUGAUGAAAUCAAUUUAGAUGAUGAUGAGCAUCUUUUCCUAGUCUUCGUGAAAGUAGUUAAAGUAAAAGGAAGAGAUUGCAUGGCCAUUGUCAUCAAGUUUCCCGAUUUUCGUGAAGGUUCCAACGAAUUACCACAAGCAUUGUUUGUCUUCACCAAAAAGCAAAGUCGGGAAGCUUUUAUGUUUCCAACGACCGACGAAGCCAAGAUGGAGUUUCUUAAGAUGGAUAGUGAUGAUUCUAAUUCAUCCAAUGAUAAUGAAGAAUGUUGGGUGGAAGAGGAUAGAGAAUUUGAAAUGUUAUGUGGAUUAGCUUUGAAAGGGAUAAUAAUCGCUCAUAACUUACUUUUGGAAGUCGUGCUAAAACUGAGUGCCGACAUCAUCAAGCCAGACGCAAAAUAUAAUGAUGAUGUUCCCGAAUAUAUAUUAAAUAAGCCUUGGUAUUAUCCAUUGUUCAAGGAUUGCAUUGGUGCUAUAGAUGGGACACACGUUAGGGCAUCGGUUCCACAAAAAGAUGAAGUGAAGUACAUUGGUCGAAAGGGAUAUGCAACACAAAAUAUAAUGGUUGUUUGUGAUUUUAUCAUGUGCUUUACAUUUGUUUGGGCCUGUUGGGAGGGGACUGCACAUGAUACAAGAAUUUUCAAUGAAGCCUUACAUAGACCAGAUCUUAAUUUUCCCUAUCCAACGGGUGAUAAAUAUUACGUUGUGAUGCCGGAUAUCCAAAUACGAGAGGGUAUCUUGCUCCAUACAAAGGCACAAAUAUUCGUUAUCAUUUACCAAAUUUUCGACGUGGACAUACAGCUGCUAUUCGUGAACCUCGUGGACCGAAAGAGAAAUUUAACUAUCUCCACUCAUCAUUGCGAAAUAUCAUUGAACGAACUUUUGGAGUGUGGAAAGCUAGGUUAUAGGUUCGCGGCUGAAGUCAUUGCUAACAUCAGAAAACUUUCAAAAAGAGCCAGUAGGACUGGCCCGCCUUUCGCGGUUCGGAGUGCACCGGUUCAUCGAGAAUCUGAAACGAGGACAAUUAUGAAUACAUUAACCCUUGCCCUAGCCGCCGGUGCCGGACUUUCGAGGAGGUCUAUAGUCACUGAUUCAAACGAUAUUGAGUUCGGAGACCCUUGGUGGUUUGUUUAUGCCGGAGUUUCGUGUAUUCUUGUACUAUUUGCGGGGAUCAUGUCCGGUUUAACCUUGGGACUGAUGUCUUUGGGAGUUGUUGAGCUUGAGAUUCUUCAUAGGAGUGGUACCAACAAAGAGAAGAAACAAGCAGCUGCUAUCCUCCCGGUUGUCCAAAAGCAACACCAGCUUCUUGUAACACUGCUUCUGUGUAAUGCUGCAGCCAUGGAGGCUCUUCCUAUUUACCUGGAUAAGAUUUUUCAUCCAGCUGUUGCAGUGUUGUUGUCAGUGACCUUUGUGUUGAUAUUUGGAGAGGUAAUUCCACAAGCAAUAUCAACAAGAUAUGGGCUUGCUGUGGGUGCUAAUUUUGUGGGGCUUGUCCGAUUUUUGAUGAUCAUUUGUUAUCCUAUUGCUUAUCCUGUUGGAAAGGUUUUGGAUGCUUUAAUCGGGCAUAAUGAUGCUCUGUUUCGGCGGGCCCAGUUGAAAGCCCUUGUAUCCAUUCAUGGCCAAGAGGCUGGUAAAGGGGGUGAACUUACACAUGAUGAGACUACCAUCAUAAGUGGAGCACUUGAUUUGACAGAAAAGACUGCAGAGGAGGCCAUGACACCUAUUGAAUCAACAUUCUCACUGGAUGUCAAUUCAAAAUUGGACUGGGAAGCAAUUGGGAAAAUUCUUGCCAAAGGCCAUAGCCGUGUUCCUGUCUAUUCUGGGAACCCUAGGAACAUCAUCGGACUCCUACUGGUGAAAAGCCUUCUUACUGUUAGAGCAGAAACAGAGACUCCAGUUAGUGCUGUUUCCAUUAGGAAAAUCCCAAGGGUUCCAGCAGACAUGCCAUUGUAUGACAUCCUUAACCAGUUUCAAAAAGGUGGCAGUCAUAUGGCGGCUGUGGUCCGAGUCAAAAGCAAAGACCCUCCUCCUUCUCCUCCUCCUCCGGCUACUGAUAAAUUAGUUGCGAAAAAUGGGAACAAAUAUUCGCAACUGACUAAACCAUUGUUGUCCGAACUUAAAGAAGAAUCGGAUUUUGUGGUCGAUAUUGACAAGACUUUGAAGUCAACCAUGCAGCAUGCAGCAAAAAGUAUAGCAUGUCUGACUGAUGAUGUCGAAGAAGGAGAAGUCAUUGGCAUCAUCACACUCGAAGAUGUUUUUGAAGAGCUUCUACAAGAGGAAAUUGUUGAUGAAACUGAUGUAUAUAUAGAUGUACAUAAAAGGAUACGGGUGGCUGCUGCAGCUGCUGCUUCAGUUGUUGCCCGAGCACCCUCAACCAGAAGACUAGCUGCUCAAAGACCCACGGUGGUCAAAGAAGACAAGGCAACCCACAACAGUUCAAUCUAAACACAUUUGGAGCUUGUUCAGAGUACCAAUAUAACUAUAUAAGUAGAUGGCUUAGGCUUCAUUGGCUUCGCCUCAUUUUCUAGAGAAUAAACAAAGGAGGAGGACUAGUUGAGUAAAUAAAAAUUUCGCUUAUUAUUAUUUUGUUUAAAUGAAUUCAGUUUUAUGAAAAUGUCGCUGAUGCCAGUCUUGUUAAAAUCAC